AUGCAGUUCACCGUCGUUCAAUCGGUUCUCGUCGCCUUUGCGGUUGCCGUGGCAUACGUUGUCUUUGGCCUACCAUUAUUGUUUUGCCUCGCGUGGGUGACAUGUAAGGUGAAGCCCCUACUAAAACGUGGUCUUCGACGUCUUCGCAAACAGCCCGACGAAGAAAUGUCCAUUCCGUUGCAAGAAUUGCCGUCACGAUCCUGCUUGUCGAAAGGGCAAGCCGCCGAAGAAAGUCAUGAGACAUGA